AUGGCGAUUCCCGAACCCCUCGAAGUGGUGGAAACCACCCACACCAUGCAGUCGGGAGCUCCCAGCGGCCCUAACAGCCACGCUUCCAGGCGUGAUCCCAUCGAUCUCUCCACCAACCAAAAGAUGCUUCUCAAGUGCAAAGACACCUUGAAGAAAUACGGCACCUUUAUCGGACCCGGCUUGCUUGUCAGUGUGGCGUACAUGGAUCCUGGUAACUAUGCCACCGGUAUCACUGCCGGUGCCUCCAACAAGUACUCGCUCUUGUUCUUCGUGUUCUUGUCCAACAUCAUCGCCAUUUUCUUGCAGAGUUUGUGCAUCAAGCUCGGUUCUGUCACCGGGUACGACUUGGCGCGGUGCUGUCGUGAGCACUUACCGCGGUGGCUCAACCUCACGGUGUGGGUGUUGGCGGAGUGCGCCAUCAUUGCUACCGACAUCGCUGAGGUGAUUGGGUCUGCCAUUGCCCUCAACAUCCUUCUCAAGGUGCCAUUGCCUGCGGGCGUGGUUAUCACCAUCGUGGACGUGUUGUUUGUGCUCAUGGCCUACAAGAACGACACGGCAUCCACCAAGUUCGUGCGGUACUUCGAGUUUGCAGUCGCUGCCAUGGUGAUGACAGUGGUGGUAUGCUUUGCAGUCGAGCUCUCGCAAAUUCUGGCCAACGCCCGCGAAGUGUUCCGCGGGUUCGUGCCAUCGGCCGAGAUGAUGGACGGCAACGGGUUGACCAUCGCCACCUCGAUCAUCGGGUCCACAGUCAUGAUCCACAGCUUGUUCUUGGGGUCGGGGUUGGUGCAGCCACGGUUGCGUGAGUACGACGUGGUCAACGGCUUGGUCAAGCUCGAAGAUGUCCACAACGACGGCAGCUCCAUCGAGGAGUACAAGACCGAAAAGGAGAUCCAGCGCAUCCACGACGACAAGGAGGCUGCCUACUUCUACAACGAAUACAAGCCAUCGUUGCAGGCCAUCCGCUACUCGCUCAAGUACUCGAUUGUGGAGUUGGUGAUCACUUUGUUCACGGUGGCUCUCUUUGUCAAUGCUGCUAUCUUAAUCGUUGCCGGCUCCACCCUCCACGGCACCCCCGAGGCCAUCGACGCCGACUUGUACACCAUCUACCACUUGUUGUCGCGCAACCUCGCCCCUGCCGUGGGUACCAUCUUCAUGGUGGCGCUCUUGUUCAGUGGCCAGAGUGCGGGUAUCGUGUGCACCAUUGCCGGCCAGAUGGUGUCUGAAGGCCAUAUCAACUGGACCGUCAAGCCUUGGUUGCGUCGGUUGAUCACCCGUUCCAUCUCCAUCGUUCCUUGUUUGAUUGUGUCGGUGUGCAUUGGCCGCAAUGGGCUCAACAUCGCCUUGAACAUCUCCCAAGUCAUCAUCUCCAUCUUGUUGCCUCCGUUGACCACUCCCUUGAUCUACUUCACCUGCAAGAAGUCCAUUAUGCGGGUGGAGAUUCCUGCGGAAGAGGUGGCUGCCAACUCUGCGCUCGAGGUCAAUGACCUGGCCUCCGACGACGAGACCACCACCAAGAAGUACAAGUACAUGGCCAACAAUUGGGUCACCACCGUGUUUGUGGUGGCCAUCUGGCUCUUUAUUUCGGUGUUGAAUGUCUACGCCAUCUACCAAAUGGCCAAGGACGGAGUUAAUUAA